AUGAGCGAUCCAAAAAUUGCAGCAAAUGAUCCAAUUUUCUUUAGUCAUCACUGUUUUGUUGAUUUGAUAUGGGAAUUAUAUCGUUGGAAACAACAAACUUAUGCCCAAAGACCAGUUCAAUACACACCAGAUAAACGAGAAUGUGAACCUGCUGUUCAUUUCAAAGAAGCAAAAAUGACAACAUUUCCUUUCUUUAAAAAUCUCGACGGAUGUAGAAAUGAAUAUACAGACAAUAUGUACGAAUAUGCUCCGAGGCCAACGUGUACAGUAAAAAAGCCAGAUUGUGGGUCAAAAUAUUUGUUUUGUGACCUCUCCCAUGUAACACCCCAUUGCGCAGCAAAAGUGCGCAUAGGCGGAGAUUGUAAAGGAUUUACUAAAGGAGAACAAGUUUGCUAUAACGGUAAAUGUGUGAAAAAUGUUUGUGUUGGUCAACAGGUAAAACAAUAA